AUGCUCUUUAAGUAAAUUUUUAACAGGUAAUCUAGUAUAUUUUUCAAAGAAAUCCGUCAUGGCGGGGGUUUAUCUGUUUUAGACCAAUCAAAUCGCUCGAUUCAACCAGCUGAUUCAUGACAUUCAGGAUUCUUUGUUUAUCAUCAUAGAGAAGAAUAAAUUUACAAUAUCCUUAGUUCAAAAACUAGUUACAAGUAUUUCUUUCAACAGAGCAGAACUAACAAAUUAGAUUAUGAAGGUCCUGGGGGGUCCUUUUCUUCGCCUUUUUCGCCUACGCUGGAGCCGUUUCUUUCUUUGAUUUAGUCCAGGAAGAAUGGGCCUCUUUCAAGGUAACGCACAAAAAGCAAUACGAAAGCGUGACGGAGGAAAAAUUCCGCAUGAAAAUCUUCAUGGAAAACUCCCACAAAGUGGCCAAGCACAACAAAUUAUACGCCAUGGGUUUGGUCUCUUAUAAAUUAGGUAUGAACAAGUACGCCGAUUUGUUGCACAGCGAAUUCACCCAUUUGUUGAACGGCUUCAACAAAUCCAAAAACCUGCUCGGAGGGCAAGACAUGGACGAUUCCGUGACGUUCAUCAAACCGGCCAACGUUCAACUGCCCGACGAGGUCGAUUGGAGAGUCAAGGGGGCCGUGACGCCUGUCAAAGACCAAGGCCACUGCGGAUCCUGCUGGAGUUUCAGCGCCACUGGAUCCCUGGAAGGACAACACUUCAGGAGAACCGGAAAAUUGGUGUCCCUUUCCGAGCAGAAUCUCGUAGAUUGUUCUGGAAAAUACGGCAACAACGGCUGCAACGGGGGCCUCAUGGACAACGCCUUCCGGUACAUCAAAGACAACCGUGGUAUCGAUACCGAAGCUUCCUAUCCUUACAAGGCCGAAGACGAGAAAUGCCAUUACAACGCUCGCACGAAGGGGGCCACCGAUAAAGGUUUCGUGGACGUUCAAUCGGGAGACGAAGACGCCCUGAAGGCUGCUGUAGCUACUAUUGGACCCAUUUCCGUUGCUAUUGACGCCAGUCACGAAACGUUCCAGUUGUACUCUGACGGAAUCUACUCGGAUCCGGAAUGCAGCUCGACGGAUUUGGACCACGGGGUGUUGGUGGUGGGUUACGGUACGGACGGGGACGAUAAGGAUUAUUGGUUGGUGAAGAAUUCGUGGGGGCCCAGCUGGGGUUUGAACGGGUACAUUAAAAUGGCCAGGAACAAGAAUAACCUUUGCGGGGUGGCUACGCAGGCCAGUUAUCCGCUUGUGUGAUAACCCGGGCGGGUUAUGAACUUUACUGAUGGUUAUUUAGGAGAUUAUGUUUCGCCUCUCUUUUUUUGUAUCGUUUCUCGAAUGGUAGAUUAGUUUAGGAUGAUUCUUUUUUUGUAUUUCUUUUAUUAGUGGAUUUCAUUUUGUAAUUAUGUCUCUUCUAGCAUCGAUGAUUCUCUUUUAUCAGUAUAGGCUGUGUUAUGUAUUUUAUUUAAAAGCAACAGUUUCGUUUGAAUUAGUGUCGAGUGUAAAGUUAUUCAAUCGCUCACGUUUUAUUUCGUUUGGAAAUUAAUAAAGAAUAUUUUAAAUA